AUGGCAAUUGGUGGGAGAGUAAAAGCACAUUAUCUCACCGGAAUGCCACCAGAAACUUCUGAUCCAACGUUUGAGAGAUGGGAACAAUCAGAUCAAAAUGUUUUUACGUGGAUUAUUCAAAACAUCGAAUCCAACUUAAUCAACAAUGCCGCACAAUAUCCAACAGCCAAAUCCCUGUGGAAUGGGUUAGCAAUAACAUAUGGAAGUGGUGUAGAUUCUCUUCAAACGUAUGAUCUACAUCGAAAAGCAAGCACAAUCCGGCAAGGUCAGGAAACUCUAGAAAAUCUUUGGAACAAACUACAAAGCAUAUGGAUGAGUAUAGAGCACAAUAUCCAACAGCCAAAUCCCUGUGGAAUGGGUUAG